UGCAUAAAAAAUGCCGUUCAAAAUAAAAUCCCAUUUUUUUUUUUUUUUUUGUCAGGCAAAGAAUCACUACAGUAGAAUCACUACAGUAGUUAUGGUCCUGGCUUCCUUGUAGUUCCUGGUAGUUUUCCGGCUUCUAGCAUUAGCUAGCGGUAGGGUUAGCAACAUGGCUACCACGUGCAGCCUGGCUACUGUCCAGAGCAAGAAACAACUGCAAGCAAGAAUCCCAAUAUCAUCCAUAAAUCCCAAUGUCAGUUCUCUGAUAAAGGCGUAAAACAUGAUGAGUAAAAGAGCCCAGUGUUUACAUUAUAUUUUGCAUCAGUAACCGCUGCUUCAGAAUUUUAUGAACUCAAGUCAGAAGGAGGCCGGACGGCAGCGCUGGGGUUCCGCUGGCUGAAGUUGAGUUGCUAGAGCCACUAACUUAAGGCCUUUCUGCUUUGGUUGCAUGACGGUUGAUUCACUUCAUUUGUGCCGAAAGGAAGCCUUCAUUUUGGUGGGAGUUCGUACCCGGUGGCAGACAGAAUUGCAUAGUGAAAGCGAGGCUCAUAGAGAACCAAUCUAAAAGCCGAUGGUGCCAUUACAUUGUGCAAUCAACAUUGACUUCAUAAUGAUAAGUUAAAGCAAAAACGUAAAAUGUUUAGACACUGAGAUAUUAGAUAAGAUUGAUGAUAAUAUAUGUACAUUACCAGUCUAUUAAAAAGUUGUCUUUAAUAAAAACAAAAGAAUAAGAUCCUUUUCUCAGAAACAAGGUCAAAGAGCAACACAGAAGUUAUCUAGCAUCAAGCAAUGCCAUUGUUACAGAAAUCAGUUGAGUAGUUUGAGUCCCAGAGACGUCUAUACCGAGGAGCUCAUAUUGGACCAUCAUUGUAUUAUGACACUUUAUGUUUUUUGAUCUCUAUUAUUACUACUAACUAUGACACAUAAUCACAUGGACAUGUUCACAUCAUAUUAACGCUCAUCAUAAUGACAAUAAUUUCAGUUGGUAUGUGGUUAUAGUGAGAAACUUUUCUUGUUUAAACACAAUACAUAUGUUAUGACAAGAAAUAUCUUAUUUAAUGUAAUACUGCAUUAUAUUAAACAUCUUUUCCCCAAAAUUCUACAUUAGGGGGGAAUUUGUGAACUUAGCUGUCCAACAUACAUGCUUGGAAAAGGAAGGUUGACGACGGGGACUUUAAGAUGCUGAUGGAACAUGAUAAAAACAAAAACGACAUGAUAUAAUGUGUGGUGUAUGUUUAGGCAUUAGCACAGAACCUUCUGUCACUCUACACAGGGUAUUCUAAAAGGCUGAGGUGAAUCUCCCACAUCCCCCAUGUAUUGCUUUGACAGUGAUCUCUCUAUGCACUAUACUUUAUAAACAGGUAACACAUCUCCAGACGGUGGACGCUCAGUGUUUCUUAGACGUUUCACAUUUUGAAUGAAGUGAUUCCUGUGUCUUGGUGCUUAUUCAGCACAUAGAAAGCACAAGUCAGCUCUCGCUUAUCAAAUUGCUUGUGAAAUUCACAAAAGAGAGCUGAGAGACUGCUGUAGGACAGAAUGAUAUGCGGGGAGCCGGCUUCCUCUUUAAAGUCAUGGGAGAGAAAUGGUUUGCCCUUAAAAUAAACCACCACUAUGUUGAAUGAUGGAGGAAUUAUGAGUCAUCAAUAUGAGCUUCUGACUAAAAGCAUCUUGAACCUUUCUAGUGAUUCAUCUUCUAUUCUCUAUUCCAUACACAGAUAUGUUCAAACCAGCACAGUUAUUGAAGUCUUUAUUGAAUUAUUCUUCCUUCACACAGAGACAUUUUUCUGCAUUAACCUUCUGCAGAAAACGGGCCUUGAAACAUUUUUCAUGUUGGAAUUGACUGCUUUUUAUAUUUUAUAAAGUCAAAUGAUAUUUGAAGAAUAUUGGCAUAAAUUGCUGGCUAUUUGUGGUCAUUUUCUCAUCAGUAGAUGGCUAUUUGAAGUGGAAUCAUAUGUUGUGGAUGGUGUGUGUGUGUGUGUGUCAGAGAGAAGGCUUAAGCACUGCCAGGAUGUUGUCAUAUUUGUGUGUGUGUGUGUGUGUGUGUGUGUGUGUGUGUGUCAUGCACCCUGCUAGCUCCCUUUACUUCCAGACUGCAUGCUAUCACAUCUGUUAUGUAGUAUAUGUGUGUACCUCUGUGUGUGGGGGUGUUUUUUGUGGGUGUGUGUUUAUAUUGUUUGUCUUGAUUACUUUUGUUUAAGAUAGCAUGUGUUUAUGCCUCUGUAUGUACAAGAAACCUGUAUUAUGAAUGACAAUGUGUUGGUUUUAAUGAAGAAGCAGCUGACCAUUCCUCUUGUUAGACUAUUCCACCAGGUACUUGCAUGCUCUCAAAUUCAGAUUCUUUUUUCCUCGCCAAGAAAACCACAGCGUGUGACGCAGUAGUUUGACAUUUUGGGAAAUACGCUUAUUUGCUCUCUUGCAGAGAAUCAGAUGAGAAAAUAGAUUCAGCCCUUUCUCUCUCACAAGUCAUGAAAUACAGCAGCUUGGUCAGUGGCCUUAGGCAUCAAACUGUGCAAUUUAACUACAAAGCCGUAGUGAUGGCGUGAGUAAAGGAGGAAGUCAGGUGAUGUAUAAUAAAGACCAUAAAACACAGGACUUUCACCAGGAGAACGUUGACUUUUUUAAAGUAAUGUAGUCAUUAAUGGUUUAAUUAAUGUACGAAAGUUAAGUUAUGUUGUGUAAUGUUACGUAAAACACUUAACUUACAUUGCGUAAUAACAUACUUAAUUUAUGUUGCAUUCGUAAAUUAACCAACUUCACUACAGAACACAAGUUUCCUGAACCUCACCAAGUAGUUUUGUUACCUCUACCAAACCAGGUUGUUUCCCAAGAACACGGAAGUAUAUUUCAAAAUGAGCUGAAAUUGACGGAUGCAAAACUGAUGGGGAGCGUCAUAGUACCAGAUAUGACGAGUUGGGAGUGAGAACAUGUUGACUGAUGCCACUCAUGUGUCUGUAUGUAAAAUAUAUGGCUACAUCCAGCAGCCGGUUAGCUUAGCUUAGCAUAAAGGCUGGGGACAGUGGAAAACAGCUAACUUGGUUUUGUCCAAAGGUAACAAAGUCCACUCAGCACAACCUCCAAAGCUUACUAAUGAACAUGUUAUAUGAUGGACGCAGUGGCUUCCUCGAGUCCUGCCAUUGGCUAGCUAUUUCCCCAUUUCAAGUCUAUAUGAUAAGCUAAGCUAACCAGCUGUAGCCUUAUAUUCACUGUGCAAGAAAGCAGGUACAAGUAUUUCCCAAACUAUUCUUUAAAGUAAAUAAAACUACCCACAACCUAUUGACCGAUGAUAGUCAGUGUAGUAAUUUAAAUUUGAUUUUUAUCAAUAGAAUACAUAGAAUAUUAUCAAAAUUGAACUUUUAAUUUGGACAAAGAUUUUACUGUGUGUUUACCCAGUCUAUGUGAUUCUCCACUUCAAAUUUAAAAUCAAUUUACCUGUUCUCCAGUAUCUACUUUUCUCAUCUUUACCUCGAUCUGUCAUUACAAUAUUCUGAUACAGGCUUUCCAGCAGCGCCCCUGCAGUGAAAUCUAUGCAUGACAUUGGAUGUGAACUGAUGUGUGUGUGUGUGUGUGUGUGUGUGUGUGUGUGUGUGUGUGUGUGUGUGUGUGUGUGUUGAUGUCCGCACACACUCUGAAAAUACAAAGGGGGAGUUUCUCACAUGUGUCUGCUCUUAAAAAUGUUGCUUUUUUUUACAGCCUCUGCUUUUUCUCUGCUACAGCGAUCAUUUCCAAAUGUUAACACAAUGUCUCUGAGAUGUACACCUGAUGCUACUGUAUGCACUGUUUUAAAGAGAUGUAUGUCUUUUGAUCCUAAGAGGUUUAUCCUCAGUUAAGUCUUCAUUUUCAACAGAGAAAUAAUCUUUUUUCACCUCUUUUUUUCUUUUUUUUUACAAAAGUCCCUCUUUUCUUGCUUCUUUACUUUCUUAGGUGAACACUUACACAGUAAAGUCUUACUGUAAACAUGUGAAGUGGACUUUGUGGUAAUGUUUACCCAGUCUCCAUGUCAGUGUGAGAAUUUUUCAGAAAAAGAGGCUAUAGAAACAUGAAUUAUUGACAUACUUUCUUAUCUUUUGAGAGCAUCUUUUGAAAGCUGUGUGUGUUCUUGAUCACCAUGUUUUCCUCCAUCUUCUCCUUCUUGGUCCUGUAGGUCCCCUUACAAAGAAACACACUGAUGAUUUAGGUGAUAGUGACCGCACGGAAGACGAAGACAUUAGGGAGAGUGGAAGCCCCAAGCCGGUGAUGGUUUUCAUCCACGGGGGCUCCUACAUGGAAGGAACUGGGAAUAUGUUUGACGGCAGCAUCCUGGCCAGCUAUGGAAAUGUGAUCGUCAUAACUGUCAACUACCGGCUGGGCAUCCUAGGAUUCCUGAGCACAGGGGACCAGGCCGCCAAAGGGAAUUACGGCUUGCUGGACCUGAUCCAGGCUCUGCGUUGGACCAGUGAGAACAUUGCUGCAUUCGGUGGCGACCCGUUACGUAUCACUGUGUUUGGCUCCGGCGCUGGGGCUUCCUGUGUCAACCUGCUCACACUGUCUCACUACUCCGAGGGCAACCGCUGGAGCAACUCUACCAAAGGACUGUUCCAGAGGGCCAUUGCCCAGAGCGGCACAGCUCUGUCCAGCUGGGCUGUCAGUUUUCAGCCAGCCAAGUAUGCCCGGAUGCUGGCCCGUAAGGUGGGCUGUAACUUGGGGGACACUGUGGAGCUGGUGGGGUGCCUUCAGAGGAAACAUUACAAGGAGCUGGUGGAUCAAGACAUCCAGCCAGCCCGCUACCAUAUUGCCUUUGGACCUGUUAUUGAUGGAGAUGUUAUACCUGAUGACCCUCAGAUACUUAUGGAGCAAGGCGAGUUCCUCAACUACGAUAUCAUGCUGGGAGUUAACCAGGGCGAGGGCCUUAAAUUCGUGGAGCUUAUUGUGGACAAUGAAAACGGAGUUCAGGCUAACGACUUUGACUACGCCGUGUCCAGCUUUGUGGAUGACCUGUAUGGCUACCCAGAGGGGAAAGACAUCCUCCGAGAGACCAUCAAGUUCAUGUACACAGACUGGGCUGACAGGCACAACCCAGAGACACGCCGGAAAACACUGCUGGCCCUUUUCACCGAUCACCAAUGGGUGGCACCGGCUAUCGCCACAGCUGACCUGCACUCCAGCUUUGGGUCACCAACAUACUUCUAUGCCUUCUACCACCACUGUCAGACAGAACAGGUCCCACCGUGGGCAGACGCAGCACAUGGAGAUGAGAUCCCAUAUGUGUUUGGGCUACCAAUGAUUGGUCCAACAGAGCUUUUUCCCUGCAACUUCUCCAAGAAUGACGUGAUGCUCAGUGCCGUGGUCAUGACCUACUGGACAAACUUUGCCAAAACAGGGGAUCCAAACCAACCUGUUCCCCAGGACACCAAGUUCAUCCACACCAAGCCCAAUCGUUUUGAAGAGGUGGCAUGGACACGCUACAACCAGAAAGACCAGCUCUACUUACACAUUGGACUGAAGCCCCGGGUCAAAGAGCACUACCGUGCCAACAAGGUCAAUUUAUGGUUGGAGCUAGUUCCUCAUCUGCACAGCCUCAACGAGGUCACCCAGCUCAUACCCACCACAACCAAGAUCCCUCCACCUGAGGCUACAAACCGCACCCCGAAGACCAAGGUUCUAGUGACCAAACAUCCUAACCCGACUCCAUUCCCCACCGAGACACAGGACAGCCACAUCCAGCCACAUCUGGUGGACCAGCGUGACUACUCCACUGAGCUGUCGGUGACCAUCGCUGUAGGAGCUUCCCUGCUCUUCCUCAACAUUCUGGCCUUCGCCGCCCUUUACUACAAGAAGGACAAGCGCCGGCAUGACGUCCACAGGCGCUGCAGUCCCCAGCGGAGCGCCGCCAAUGACCUGGCUCACACUCAGGAGGAGGAGAUCAUGUCCCUGCAGAUGAAGCAGCACUCGAACCUGGACUGCAGGGGAGUGGGCGACUCACUGCACCCGCACGACGUGGUGCUGAGGACUGCCUGUCCGCCGGACUACACUCUGGCCAUGAGGCGCUCACCGGACGACAUCCCUCUUAUGACACCAAACACCAUAACCAUGAUCCCCAGCACCAUGGGGGGGCUCACCUCGCUCCACUCUUUCAACACCUUCCCCAGCAGCGGGCAGAAUAACACCCUACCGCAUCCGCACCCACACUCACACUCCACCACCCGGGUAUAGCCCUGUGGAUGCACCCACGCAGGCAGGACUCUGAUGGCUGAGGCAAAAGCUACCACCACUGCAGCAGCAGAAACUUAAGGCCAACAUGCUGUCAACCACAGAUAUGUCAGGAGCUGAAACGCCAGCCUGGACUUGCCAGACACCCAUGGAAUUACACUGGGAUUGUACACCCUGUUAAUACCUGAGGGAAUAUAGUCAAGGAUUUCUGGGGUUUGGGCCGGAGGGAAAAAAAAGAAGAAUAAUUAUGUUUUUGUAGAAAAAUAAAAGACAAGAAUAAAAAAGUACAAAAAAGAAGAAAAACAACCUCACAAGCUAAAACAAAGGAGGAUGUUUUUUUAUUAUUAUUUUUGUUCUGAUAUUGCAGCAAAACAAGGUACAGUAAACGACUUUUUCUUUCUAGCAACAGAUAUGGCUUUCGAGGCUUUUGACAAAUGACUGCCUGACAGUAUUAUCUGGAAGCAGAACAGAGCAUCAGACACACCUCGGAGGUAAGAAGAGGGGAGCACUUUGUAAAAGAAAGAAAACAUAUUGUUUUCCUUUGGCAUCGUGCAGCAGAUUACUCUGUUUGUGCAGCACAGAGUAGAUGCAGUGCAAACCAAUUUAGGCAUGUGUUAACUUCAUAAAUGGAGGCUAUGUAAGAUGAAGCAAAAACAAUUGUUGAAUAGAACAAAGGAAGGACUGGAAACUUCAAGGAAAAAAGAAACCCUGUAUGCACAAUGGAACCAUUAAGAGGAAAAAAAAAUGUCACAGAUACUUUUCAUCCAUUUAUUUUUGAGGAUCGGGAACAAUUUUAUUGUAUAGAACCUAUUUACAUAUCUAGAUCUGUACACUAAGCACCAGGCUUUUAAAGCCCUCUUCUCUUAGGGUGUGUGUGUGUGUGUGUGUGUGUGGGGGGGGGGGCAUCUGUACUGCAAACCUGCCAGCAGGACUGAACCAGUGGGAAUCCGGGAUCCACCUUCUGGCUUUCUGGCAGUUCCAACUUCAACACAAAGAGCUGGGGGACAAAGGAUUAUUGGAUAUUUUAGCACGAUGCGCAUGACAAUUUAUCUGCUUGAUGGCUGCCCUGCUGAUUAUGUCAUUAUUAAGAAUAAUUUUAUCCCUCUCCCUUGCAUUGGAGCAAUUUCAAAUGGAUUUCCUAAUUGGAUUACAGGAAAACACACACCCUUGCAGGACCACGGGAAAUACAGUUCCAGGUUGUGGAUGUUGCAGGCUGGAGUUGGGAACAGAAAAGGGGAGGGGCUGGGGAUCUGGUAAAACGUUCUUGCAUAACAUACUAUAGCUUGAGUGGAGCUGGGCAUAUAAGGACUAGUUUUGUACUCUGUGUGUUGGUACUACUUUUUGAUAGUGGUUAAAUCACAUUACACUGUAUCAAUCAAACUCAUCGUACUUUCAGUUGAGAUCAACGUUCUUUGCUAUUCUACCUAUUGGACCACUUUACCGUAUACAAGUAAUUACCUGCACUGUUCCUUUGCCCACUUUCUUUUUUCUUUCACUGGAAGGUGUGUUGAUUGAGUGACACAGUGGGUGCCCAUUGGUAUGAAAAAAAGAUGGUAAUGGUAGUAGAAAAUAUGGCAAAAGAGUGAAUCUCUGGGCCAUGUAGCUUUCCUUUAUCCAGCCAGGUUCUGUAGAGCUGUUUGAACAUCAACGACUGUACAUGACUCCUGCAAGUCUAAGGCCAAGCACAGACAGAUCACAUUGGGUGGAAUUCUCUGGAAAUGCACAGCAGGUGGACAAGAAGAAGAGCUAGGGUCAGGGUAGGCCAAUCCCUGAUAUACUUUCUAUAUAGUUUUCAUCAUUAUCCAAGGUUGAUCAUUUUUAGAGGCACAUUGCGUUAUGGGAAGAAAGACAAAGGUUUCCUUUAGCAGCUGAGAGCCCUUAGUCAACCCUCUUUACCUCACUUUAAAGAGCUACUACUUUUCUUCUUUUGGCCCCACUCUUUUUCUACUUACGUUUCUCUACUUUCUCAUCUUUUCUACUGAGCUGACAGGAUUGGCUGUUUAGCAAGUGGUUUCCCCUCGCAUCCAGACCGCCCUCAGUUCACUGUCUCCUGCAAGACUGUCUGCCAUAGCCAACAUCUUGAGGUCAGUGAGGCCUUGGCGGCUAACGAUGUUUGCCUCCGAAGUAGGAGUGUGUCAUACAGCAAAGCAGACUGCAGUCAGAUCCAGUAGCAUUAGAGUCAUUGCAGUGGUGAUCUUCAAAAUAGAGAAAGAGUAAUACCCUAGAUGGCAAGCCUAUUGUGCUGAGACAGAUACAGAAGUCUGAUUGCUAGCGCAGAGAUGCUACUUGGUGAGCUGAAACACUUGUCUCCCUGUUUUCUCCCUGUUUUUUUCACUAAAGUGUAGAUGUUUGGAGGCCUCUGUUGUGAGAAUACAUCCUGCCCCUUUUGGCUCACUCACAGGCACUGUGCAGUCAUUCAAAAUAAUGAGCAUAGACUACUGUUACUCCAUAUAACACUGCGGCAGACAAGCUGGAUAGGAGAAUCAAAUCUGGUCUUUCAUAGGGACUGUUGCUUUUUGGGAUACGAUUUAAAUUGAAUAAACUAAUUACAUCUGUGUGCUCCAGAUUGUUUCUCUGGAUGAAAUGAACCACCAAGGCUUGAUCUGGGAUUUCAACAAAAGGAAGAUUCCAAAGCUAUUAUCACACGUCAUCCUUUUGGUCCAUUUGUAAUACCCUUCUCUGUGAAAACAAGCCAACAACAUCAAAAAAAGUGUGGAUUCCAGAAUCUGGGGACUAUCAGUACUGUAGGUUUGUUGCAUUGUGUCGACAGGCUACUAACUUUUCCAGCUCUAACAUUUUGAUUGCCCACACACAUACAUACACAUGCAAAUAAAAAACGUGUGCAGACACCCUUACACACAACCAUGUGCUAAGUAACUUUCCAAGUGUUUCUACUCAAGAUAUUGUACAUAGAUUAACACCCUGAUUGCCUGGACUCAGACUCAAGAUUCAUUAGAUCCAUAUAAAAAGCCACAUUACAUUGUUUUUGUAACCCAAGUUAAUAACUGAAAUACAUCUCACAAUAUGUUAAGGUAAACCUUAAAGCAAAAGGAAAAUGCUGAUGUUUGCUCGAUAGUCUUGCAUAUUUUAAUAACAGCAAUACAUAGAUUGUCAUAUUAAAAUAUAAAUCAUUGUCAACUGUUCUAGGAUCAGACUACACACUAUGAGCCCAACUAUGACCAAACUCAGACUUGAAGGCUAACGCAAAAAUUUGGGGCAAUUCCUGACGUUGCAACAAAAAGACUAGCGUGUGGCUUCUUGCGCUCUCUCUAAGCUGUUUUCUCACUUGGAGUUGCCCUUUCAAACAUGUAGCACCCAGGAGAUUAUCUGUGUCAGACACAUUCUCACCUACUGUAAAACCUAGUAGAGCUCCACUGGUUACACCAGUUAGAAUAAAGGCCUGAUACACCUAGAAGUUUCAGACGUACGACAGGAGCAAAGUGGUAAAUGAUGUGACACAGUAUAUAGAUCGACAAAGUCCCCAUGGGGUGGCAGCAGGGGGAUAAUGUAGCGGUCGGGGGCGAUGGAUGAGUCAACCCAAGUGGUCGCUGUUUAUGUACCGUAUAAAAUUUGGGCGUAACCCAAACCACAUUCUUUUCUUAAACCUAACCCAGUAGUUUUGUUGCCUUAACCUAAAGUUGUUUUUUUUCAUUUCACAACGGUAACUUUUACUUCAACAAUUUGGAAGGUGCAGUUUGGCUUGUCUGAAGCAUUGGAAAGGUAUUCAUAACAGCUGAUAACACCCUUUAGAAGACAAAAACAUUGUGUCGUCUGAUCCAAGCUUGGAUGACCAUCACAUUUGGGGGUGGCCUUUCACUUGGAUUCAUGUUAAAUCCAUUCGUCUAAAACCAUUGUGACUCACAACAUGCCGGCAUUUUUGUCAUAUAGCAAUUUAAGGCACCCAUAAACCUUUUCACUUUUCAACAGCUAAACAACAAAAGCUCAUCAGGUCUUGUUAGUCCACACAUGUUAGUAUGCAGUAAUGUCAUUAUGGUGAGAAAUAUAUUUGGCUCUACAUUACUAAACCAGUAACAUGCGUUUGGUAAACAGCAAGCCAUGAUAAUAUUACACUAUUGUGCAAUAGUGAGGACUUGCCCAAUUCAAGCACUGCUCUCCAGAGAAUUGACAUUCGGCAAAGCAAGGGCCACCCAUUGAAUUAAACAUGUAAUUGCCCUGAUGAGUAAAUAGUCGAGCAAUUACAGGGCCAUGCUAAGUAGUUGACAGUUGAGGAUGAACGCUAAUGAAUAACUUGCCAUGCAUUCAAUCGUCUGACUGGUGAUAGAUGAUACAUGCAAGCCAACUGUAGUGUGAGGCAAGUGAGAGAAGUGCUGGUCAGCACCUGACAUAUUUGAGAUUAAAAAUGGAAAUUGCUAGAAGCUGUUGUGGACAUAAUGUAUGGUGGCAACUGCUAACAAGAUUUAGCAUGUGUGGUGACUACAUACAACAGUCUUUGUUUCUCAUACAGUCCUGGUGGAUUGCUUGAGGAUGUAAAACUAGACAGACUGAUUCAAAAGUUAUUUGAGAGGAUGUGCUGCAAUGACUCAUAAAUCAAGGGUUAUAUAAGUGAGGAAAUGCAUUAAAUAGCUGUAUCGUGCAUAACAACUAACAGAGAAGAAGCAUGGUUACCAAAGCAACUUGAAACAGUAUCCUUAGUGAGAAAAAAACUCCAACUUUGAAAACAAGGUCACUGGAUGACCUUUACACCCAUAAAGACAAACACAGGUGUUACAGAUAGAGAGAGCUAAUCACAGCAUAACUUCCUGUACCACCAACAAUUUACAUAAACAGGCCAGAAAAAGAAUAGAGUGUUGAGAGACGGAUUAAAUCUCGAGCACAAAUUGAGUCAGCUACAGUAGACCUGAAGAAUGACUGUGAGGAACCACUCACUGACCACAGACAGAGCACCCACCUUUUAACGAGAGUGAAGCACUUGCUGGUAAUUACUAGUGGCUGAUUGCUAAACAGUGAUAAAUAGCAUGCUAGUUGAUUCAUUCCAAAAGAGACUUCUGGAGCCCGACUUAACAAAUGCACAUGUACUUUCAAAUGCAUGUGCUACAUCAACCCAGUUCCAGAAAAAAAUGUGAACCAAAAACCCAUUUCAUAAAUACGUUUUUAUAUCAGCCUUUCAAAAACAACGCCACAUGGUUAUCGUGAAACAAUUAGUAAGGUUUAGGAAACAACGCUAUUUGGAUAAGGUUAGAAAAAACAUCAUGGUUUGUGUUAAAAUAAUAAUGUAACAAUGUAACAUAACAACUGUAACAAAGUAACUAGCGUAAAUAAAUAACUGCCGUUAGCUGUCUUUCUAGGUAAUGUUGCGUAACUAGCUCAACAAUGUUAUGUAACAAGCGUAGUUUUUACAUUUUUGGUUUUACACAUGACAUGAACAGCUGUCUCUUGGGUGAAAGUCGUGUGUUUUUUUAACCACCCGUUCCAACCCCCAAGUGAACUUUCGUGCUUUUUAUACACGUUAUUGUAGCACGUAAAAGCUCAACGGUCACUUUAUGUACUUUGUCCCUUUCUCUGACCAAAUGCAAAAAACGUCCACAUCCAAUGUGUCCUUGGUUUGCAGAAACACACAAUGCCAACAUUAGUUUUUGACAACUUACAGUAAGUAUGUAUAUUUGAGCAGCCCCAAAAUUGAAUAUGGACAGACAAUGCAGCUGACAUAGCAAUUUCGAUGUUCCAAGUUCAGAAUUGUCUCUCUGGCAGCUAUAUUGGAGGAGAUCUGCUUUGCAUAACAAACUUGUUUCAUCUAUACUAACAACUCAGCCAGAACAACAACAGUUCAAAGACCAGGUGAAUGACCUGAUUUGGGCGUGGAGAGUAACAUUUUCACCAUUAGCGCUCAACAGUUUGCGUUAUCAAGUUAUAGGCUCCAUGUUUACCUGUUAGCUAGCUAAGUGUCUGAUCAGCUGUUUGCUGUUGUUGACACACAUGUGGAUACCAAUUGGAUAAUGAGGUGCCCUGUGUCGUUUUUUCAUUUUGGUUUAUUCAGUGUUAUCUACGAAAUAGCCAUUUACUUUACUAUGGCCAAAAAAACAUACAUUUCUUACCUCAUAAAGCAUUUAAAAAUAUGUGUUCUUUUAUCCACGUUCUGGUAGAGCACAGUAAUCCAACAAAACAUUGCUUAAGAGCACCACGGGUAGUCAAAAACUCCACAGGGUACCUUUAAUGUUGCUUCACAGUGAGGGCUAGCACUAACAGAAUAGGGCUAACAGUUUAUCUGGAGUAAACCAAAAUCAGAUAUUUCAUUUUGAAUCCACCUUAAAAUGUAAGAGCAGACAAACAAUAGUUUCAUUCACAUUAACAAACAUGUCUUUGAUUUCAAGAGAUGGCAUUAAGGUUAUUCAAGGAAGUUGCAAUUAACAGUAAUUGUAACACUCUACAGUUGUAAUCCUAGACAUGCGCUCAUAACGUAGAUGAAAACAUUGAUUUGCAUCAAAUUCUUGCUGGAGGAACAAAAUAGACCACAUCAAAAGAAUUAAAUAUUCUGUAUACAUUUUUGAAAAACAGAAAACUCAGAGGGCAAAUCUGGAAUAAAUCGCUAAAUUAUGAACUGGGAAAGAUGGCAAAUGGUUUUAGGAUGCUAUAAGCAAGUGUUUCAGUGUUUCCCCAGGCCUUUAUUCUUGUAAAAAAAGGAAUACUUAUUAGCAUUUACACCAUCGUGGGGAGCCUAAAACCCCACUGAAACCCAGCUUGCUGAAAUUCUUUUAAAGGCAGGUCACAGGAAACAUUAGCCUUUAAACUCACAACUAAUAACAGUAAAACAUGACUGGAUAGUUGAGCAAGCAAAUAAAAUAUGAAAUUAAGCUAAACUUUAAUUGCAUCUUUUAUACUGUUUAUAUGCUGUGGCUUUUUCUGAGAAGGGUUCACCUUUUGUUUGAAUUCACUAGACCAUAACAACAUAAACAUAUCUUUUUUCACACCUUUUUCAAAUUUACCCUGAUUUAUGACUAGAUUCAUGUUUGUUAGACCAUGAAAAUUCUAAUGUUUCCUUAAUGCUCGGUGCUCAGAUACUGAACGGGUUUAGCAUGCAGUAGGAGUGUUUAUUUGUGUGUUUGGUGAAACACACAACUUUUCAAAUAUGUGUUAAACCUUAUUGAGUGCAUUUACAUGGAAAUUCCUGUACUGAUAUUGUUUAUUCUUCAGUUCAAACCAUACGUCAUUGUCAAUAACUGAGGCUUGUACACAUUUUAUCCAUCAGUGUUUAUUUCUGCAAUGUGCCUAAUUGCUGUUUUGAAUAUGUUAUGUGUCAUAUGACAUCUGUCGUGAUGUCAAUUUGGAUUUAUUGGCCGUGUGCUUGUAAGAGCACUCAUCUUGAAACAACAACAGAUAAAAGCGUGAGAAUGCCCCAGAGGUCAGAUGGAUUCCUACCCAGUGUCACCUUCCUUUAAAACUGUGCGUCCAUCAGUCAAAGAGGGGAACUCCAAAACCAAUCCAGGUAGCAUUUCUUCAGUUAUUUCUGUUGAAUCCCAACACCAGUAUGUUUUAAUGAGCCAGUCUAGCAGGGUGAGUGUGAAUCCACACAGUUUGGGACUGAAGACACUUAAGAAACCCUGUUCUAGGGGGACGCUUCACUUUUGUUCCAGUGUAAAUCUGCCCAGACCGUGGUGGACAGUCUGUGCUGUGGUGUACGGGAUGGACAGGGAGGGGAGGAACAAGCACUGCGAAUGAAUGUAAUGCACCGUGCCAUUUUCUAACCUCAAAACGCAGCAGAAACGGCAACAACCAAACCUCAGAUUCAUCCUGAGAGGUUUUUGCUAGCAGUCUGAAAACUAAAGGUGGAUUUGUUCUUUGAAUGCCAUGCGGAAGCAGGGGGCACCACGUGAGCUGGUCUGGCAUUUGUAAUGUAGAUUAUUUGUCACUUGUCUUUCUUUCUGGUUAAAUAGUAAUUACUCUUCUGGAGCACAAUAAAUGAUUUUAAUAUGCUGA